GGAAGCAUCAAAUAUCUCUUAUUUUUUGUUUCUUGGCGUAUAGCUAUAUCAGCUUAAGGAAGGCAUACAAAUCACAGGUGCUUGUACGCUUGAUGGGCGUUACUCGGACUGUUAAAAAGGAGGGGUCUGGCCCUCUUGUUAAGCCUGGAGAUAAGGUUACCGUGCACUGCACUGGCUACAUUGCGGAUGGGAAAAGGAAAUUUUGGUCCACUAAGGAUGACAAUCAAACAUUUGCCUUUGUUGUUGGGGCUGGUCACGUUAUCAAGGGGUGGGAUGAAGGGGUGCUUCAGAUGCGAAUCGGCGAGGUGGCUGAGCUUCUCGUUACAUCUGACUAUGGGUACGGUGCUCGUGGGUUUCCAGCGUGGAACAUACCACCGAAUGCAGAUUUGCUGUUUGAGAUAGAAGUUUUGCAGAAUACCAGUCGAUAA